CCGGCCGCCACGUGAGCCGGGCCGGCCUCUCCACGUGAUGUCUGGUGGAACGGGAGGGGCGGGGCGAGCCCAUAUCCCGGCGUGCCCCGGGCACCUCCCUCUUUUCCGGUGCCAAGAUGUCGAAGCGAGGACGCGGUGGUUCGUCCGGUGCGAAGUUCCGCAUCUCCCUGGGUCUCCCCGUGGGAGCCGUGAUCAACUGCGCGGACAACACAGGUGCCAAGAACCUGUACAUCAUCUCUGUGAAGGGCAUCAAGGGGCGCCUGAACAGGCUGCCAGCGGCUGGCGUGGGUGACAUGGUGAUGGCUACUGUCAAGAAGGGCAAGCCGGAGCUGAGGAAGAAGGUCCACCCAGCAGUGGUAAUUCGGCAGCGGAAAUCGUACAGGAGAAAAGAUGGAGUGUUCCUUUAUUUCGAAGACAAUGCGGGAGUGAUAGUAAAUAACAAAGGUGAAAUGAAAGGCUCCGCAAUCACAGGCCCUGUGGCUAAGGAGUGCGCAGAUCUGUGGCCCAGGAUAGCCUCCAAUGCGGGAAGCAUCGCAUAAACGCGUUUGUCUUCGUAGAGAUAAAAUAAAAGUCCUUGUACCAAA